AUGGAGCGUCUCAAGUUAGUCUUGCAGUACUUUCAGUCCAACUCUGAGUCCAUCUCCAAUGGGAUCUGCAUCAUCCUGGCCCUGGUCAGCGUCAAGCUCUACACCAGCUUCGACUUUAACUGCCCGUGCCUUCCUCAGUACAACAAAAUGUACUCUCUGGGAGUGAUGAUCGUCCCACCCAUCAUAUUGUUCUUCCUAGGGGUCUUGGUCAACCGGCACACAGGCGUCAUGAUGGACGAGUACAUGAGACCCAUUGGGAACAGAUCCAAAAAUCCUGCUGUGGUGAAGUACCUGUUCUCAGCCAUGAUCCAGAGGGCCCUGCUGGCCCCAAUGGUGUGGAUCCUGGUCACUCUGCUGGAUGGAAAGAUCUUCAUCUGUGCCUUCAGUGUUAGUGUAGAUCCUGCACUUUUCUCAGGUUUACCCAACAACACAGGUCUGGAUGUGAUCAAAAUUAUGGCCAAAGUGCCAUGCAAGGAGGACGUUAUCUUCAAGAACAGCUCUUUCCGCAAAGCAGUCUCACGUUACGUUCGCUGCUACUCACAAGCAGUCGGCUGGUCCAUCCUUCUCUUCCUGAUUGUACUGGGAGCAAUGGGACGCCUCAUCAAGCCCUGUUUCGACGACCACGCCACCUUCCUGCAGACGCGCUACUGGAGCAACUACCUUGACGUGGAGCAGAAGCUCUUUGACGAAACCUGCGUCCUGCAUGCACGCGACUUCGCCCGGAAAUGCGUGGUGCAGUUCUUUGAGGACAUGAGGGAGGACGCCAUACUCCGUCUUCCCCACCCGCUUGUCAUCACCAACUACAGAGAGGAGUGGGAGGAUGAAGAAGAGGAGAGACUUCAUGGGGUGUCAAAUCAGGAUCAGGUGGACCAGCUGCUCAACAAGUGGUACUACAAUAAACCUGAACUGGACGUCACCAGGAUAGCCUACAGACCCAGGACGUGUGUCACCUGGGAGGACAGAGACGGGAAGACUUUAUACUCUGAUGUCUAG